CGGCCACUGGAGGCCUCGCCCCAGAUUCCGUGAGAAGGAGCAAAUAGAAGUGGAGUUAAUCUUUCGGGAAAGAUGUGUAGUAAUUUUUAAAAAAGCCUAGUGCUAACUUGCUGAAAGACAAAAUGCCUGUUUACACAGUUCCUGCAAGAAGCCACUCUGAGGCACAGCGUACUACUUCUUUACAGAAGAAUUCUUUGGCACAAAAUGCCUUUACCAGCGGCAAAAAGUUUGGGCAACAACUGAAAUCACAGGUGUCAGGGGAAGAAAAGGAUAAUCUACUUUCAUGCUCUCAGAAUAAGGCCGGAGAAGGAAAUAGGACUUAUGUGAUUUCCGCCUGUAAAAAAGCGGGUGAUACACCAGUUACUUUUAAGCCUGAAGAUAAAUUAACGCUCCAGAGGAGAACUGGAGCAAGCAAAGGAUCAGUUUGCAGUGGUGAACCGUUGGAUGAAAAAACAGCACAGGACACAGAAAACAUACAAGCGGAGAAAAGACUUACUCUGCAGAGACGUCUGAGGACUUGCUCCACAGAGAAGAGUAAAAUAAAUCAGAAUACUGUGGCUGGAAUAGCAAAUAAUGACUCUACUGCUGUGCAAAGAAAUUACAAGACCAUACUUCUACCAACUGCUAGUAGUAAUGAUACCUGUUAUGUUAAACCAAGCCGUAAAUUAGUUGAACGUCAGUCAAAUACAGAGAAGCACUAUAAUCUGAACAGCAAGGAUUCGCUUAGCAAUAUUGAUGGUCCCUCUGAAAAUGAUAGCUGCACACAUUUAAAAUAUAGGACAAUCACUUCUGAUAAAAAAUCUCAAAAUGAAGUUCCUGGAUCAGCAAAAUUGGUUACUCCAAGAGAUAUUAAUAGGAUACCAGGAGAACAGCUGAAUGAAAAAGGCAAUAUAAAUAAGGUUGCUGAAAAAGAAAGGUUACAAAACUUAAUUCUAAAACAUAACAGUUUGGAAAGGCCAAGGACACCAAGAAAAGAUACAGCAGGACUGAAGCUUACACCAAAGCAUAGCACUUCUCAGAAUACUGUAAAUCAUUCUGUAUAUGCUUCAAAGAAGCAAAUACCUCAUCCUCAAACUGUAGUGAAAAAGAAAAUGAGUGUCCCCAGCGCUCUCAGCCUGAGUAGAGGUGCAAAAGAAGAAACUGGAGCUGAGAGCAAUAGCACUGAGAAAGAUAUUUUCAAAGCAGAAAACAGCAAAGUGACCGUAGCUAUACGUGUACGGCCUUUCAGUAACAGAGAGAAAGAUGAAAAUGCUUUCCCAGUAAUCUCCAUGAGUGGUUCAGAGACAGCUGUACAGAAUCCGGAUACAAACCAAGUUUACAGCUUCACUUACGACUUCUCGUUCUGGUCUUUCGACAAGUGUCAUCCUAAUUUUGCAAACCAAGCAGUGAUUUAUAAAACUUUGGCAGCGCCACUCCUAGAAAGAGCUUUUGAGGGGUACAACACUUGUCUUUUUGCUUAUGGACAGACUGGUUCUGGCAAAUCAUACACAAUGCUGGGAUUUGAUGAAGACCGAGGAAUAAUUCCAAGAUUUUGUGAAGAUCUCUUUGCUCGAAUAGCACAAAUGGACGGGCAACAGAUUUGGUAUCAUCUUGAAAUGAGCUAUUUUGAAGUUUACAAUGAGAAAAUUCAUGAUUUGCUCGUCUUUAAAGCUGAAAGUGGACAGAAGAAACACCCGCUUCGUGUAAGAGAACACCCAGUAUUAGGACCGUAUGUGGAAGAUUUGACCGCGAAUGUUGUCAGUUCUUAUUCUGAUAUCCAGAGUUGGCUUGAACUAGGAAAUAAACAGAGAGCAACAGCUGCUACAGGAAUGAAUGACAAGAGCUCUAGAUCUCAUUCAGUCUUCACCCUUGUCAUGACACAAACAAAAGUAGAGUUUGUGGAUGAAGAGCAACGUGAUCGUAGGAUUACCAGCCACAUAAAUCUAAUAGAUCUAGCUGGUAGUGAACGCUGCUCAGCAACUCAAACCGUUGGAGAAAGGCUGAAGGAGGGUGUGAGUAUUAAUAAGUCACUGUUAACCCUUGGAAAAGUUAUUUCUGCACUCUCUGAACAGUCUCAAAACGGAAAGAAAACGUUCAUUCCUUACCGGGAGUCUGUCCUUACAUGGUUGUUAAAGGAAAGUCUUGGUGGGAAUUCCCGAACUGCCAUGAUUGCCACAAUCAGUCCAGCUGCCAGCAGCAUAGAAGAAACUCUCAGCACUCUUCGCUAUGCGAAACAAGCUUGUUCAAUAAUCAACGUUGCUAAAGUAAAUGAAGAUGUGAACGCCAAGCUAAUCAGAGAACUGAAAGCUGAAAUCGAAAAACUGAAGGCAGCUCAGAAAAGUGCUCAGAAUACUGACCCUGAAAAAUACAGACGUUAUUUGCAGGAAAUAACUUCUCUGAGGGUAAAAUUGCACCAACAGGAGAAGGACAUGGCAGAAAUGCAAAGGGCCUGGAAGGAAAAGCUUGAACAAGCAGAAAAAAGGAAAUUAGAAGAAACGAAAGAGUUACAGAAAGCAGGAAUUGCAUUCAAAAUGGACAAUCGUUUACCAAACCUUGUCAAUCUCAAUGAAGAUCCCCAGCUUUCUGAGAUGCUGUUGUAUAUGAUCAAAGAAGGAGAAACUACUGUUGGAAAGCAUACACCGAAUUCAAGACAUGAUAUCCAGCUUUCUGGAGUGCUAAUUGCUGCUGACCACUGUGUUAUAAAAAAUAGUGAUGGCAAAGUGAGUAUUAUUCCACUGAGAGAAGCAAAGACAUAUGUUAAUGGAAAACACAUUUUGGACCCAACAGUUCUACAUCAUGGUGAUCGAGUGAUCCUUGGGGGAGAUCAUUAUUUCAGGUUUAAUCAUCCAGUAGAGGUUCAGAAAGUUAAAAGGCCAUCUUGUGGGACUACGUAUGUGUAUGAUGGUCCGAAAGACUUUGAAUUUGCAAAAAACGAGCUGCUUGUUGCACAAAGAACACAACUUGAAUCAGAAAUUGAAGAGGCACGACUCAAAGCCAAGGAAGAAAUGAUGCAAAGUAUCCAAAUUGCAAAAGAGAUGGCUCAGCAAGAACUGACAUCACAAAAAGAAGUUUAUGAAAGCAAAAUAAAAUUACUAGAAGCAGAACUGAAAGAAGAAUCUCAUAAGAAUCAAAUGCAAGAAUUGAAUAAUCAAAAGGCUGCAAACAAAAUACAAGAGCUAGAAAAAGCAAAGCAAAAUCUGGAGCUAGAAGUACACUUCAACAAGAAGCGUUUGGAAAUGGAGACGUUAGCUACCAAACAGGCUCUGGCAGAUCAUACUAUUCGUCAUGCAAAGAUACUUGAAGCUCUGGAAGCUGAGAAACAGAAGAUUGCUGAAGAAAUACAAACCCUUCAAAAGAAUCGUGACAGUGGGAAUAAAACUAUGACUAUUCCACUUAACUGGAAUUCUUUGAAACUGUCAGUGAUGAUCAAGGAGGCCAAUGCCAUUAGUAAUGAAUUGGGGAAAAGCACUGUUUUCUGCAGGCAUGACAAAAUCGAUGAUAAAACAGGAAGAGCAACUUCUGUUCAGGUACAGGUUCGUAAUAUCAAACUGGGAAUUGCAACUUUCUGGAGCCUGGAGAAAUUUGAAUGCAAACUAGCAACAUUGAAAGAACUAUAUGAGAACAAUGAUGGUGAUAAAGCUGCUGAUGUAUUUUAUGACCCAACUGAUGAGUGGGAACCUGACCUUUCAGCUGCCUCAGUUUCCUCUUUUUCCAGAAGAAGAAGCAGAAGUUUCAUGAAGAACAGGAGAAUUUCUGGAUGUUUGUCUGAUAUAAAAUUACACCCAAUCCAGAAUAUACAAGCUUCCUGUAUAUCAGGUUCCUUGAACAAAUUCAGCAUAUGCCCAACCUCUUCUGAAUUGUUUGUUCCUGGAACUUGCAGAGAAUCUCUAAGAUCAGCUUUAGAUUUACUGGAACAGAAUCAUGAAAGAGGAAAGAGCCUAGCAGAUAAUCUCCUAACUAAUUUGUUUACCAUUUUCACUGGAGUAUCUGCCAUUUCAAAAGCGUAUGAACAGCAAGAUGAAGAAUGUCAAGAGAACAUUUUCCUUCUUGAUGGUGCUGCUCAGUCCUAUAGCAUCAGAAUUAUAUCUGCUUUUGACCAGCUUGUGAUUCUAACCAAGCUUUGGCUUAACAAUGUUCAAAAGUGUUCUGCAUCCAUAAAAACUGAUGAAGAAUUAAAACAGGAAGUAAAGAACUUGGGCAGCUAUUUACAGUUACUCUUGCAGGGAUGUUCUUCAGAUAUAUCCCCAAUGGUAACGGAAGCAUGGAACAAAGUAAACCAAACAGUAAAACAAAUAAUGAAAUACAUAGGACACUUGGCAGUACUCACAAGAGUUGAUAUGUUGGUCUCCUCAGAAGAGCAAAUUACUGCAACUAGCCUACAGAAAGACUUCAUACUUGCCAUUUACAAUGGAGUAGGCUCAGGCCUGGAGCUUCUUAUGGAUACAGUACAGGAAAAAGCAAGAGUAGUGCAGAAAGAACUGGUGAAACAAUAUCCACAAAAUGAGAUUCAAAAUCGAAUAAAGGACAAUGCUGUGGCUUUAGCCAGAUUCCUUGAAAAUAACAUAGCUUGUUGGAGAAAGAAAGAAAUAGGACCUCAGUUAACAGAAGAAGAAAAUGUACAACAAGAAAUAAAGAAAAACUUGAACAUUGCUGCAAAAUAUUUGGAAUUGGAGCAGUGCCUAGCUGAAGUCUAUCGAAUUGUUUCUUCUACAUUACAAGGAUCAUACCGAAGUACAAGCCAUCUCAGGAGCUGUGCAGAAAAGAUUUGCAUCUUAGCUGGACAUUUUAACAACUAUUUCAGUUUAUUUGCCUUGCCUUCUGUUUCUGCAAGCAGUCCUAUCCAGAAAAUAUCUAUACCUUUCAUGAACUCUGAUGAAUUGAACUCUCUGGUUGAUUCCCUUAUUGUGAAUUUUGAACUUGAACAAGGACAGCAGUCACUGAAAUCUGAGAUUCUUUCCAAUGAAACUAUUGGGAUUCAAGGAAAACAGGUUGGAACAGGUGAAGUUGAAUCAGCUGGGAAACAGAAGGGAAUUCCAGAACACAUGUAUAAAAUGCCGUUAUCACCUGCCUUCCCAGGGGAGCUUUCACCCGGUGGGAUACAGUGGGUGUAA